GCGUUGAAUAUACGUUCGCGUCUUUGUAAAAGAAAACUCGUCUUGGCAAUAACUAGCACUCAUAUUUACAAUUUUCCCACGUUAUUUUGUUUUACUUGCUUUCAAACAUUGGAUUUUGAAAUCGUGAAAAUGGAGAGCGAUAUGAGCAGUGUAAUAUAUAAUUCCGAAGAUGAAGAAGAUCUGUUUAAAUUGUUUGUUGCUACUCAUGAAUCUCAAUUAAAUUCCAUUGGUUUACCCCAAAGUAAAUGGAAAACUCUCUUCAAAAAAUUAAAUAACUCGGUAUUUGAUGCUGGUGAUAAUUUUAUAUAUUCCCAUGAAGAAGAUUCUGAAGAUCAAGAAAUUUUGUCACAUACUUAUUUACAUGUAUAUACUAAAUCUUCAAUGGAACCGGAUGAUGAAGAACACAUUUACUUGAUUGACCAUGCUUGGACAUACACUCUGGAUAGUGCAAAAGCAAUCUUAAAUGCAAAUGAAAACUUAGUACAAAGAAUGUGUUCUAUUAUGAACAUAUCUUGUUCUAACUCAUCAGAGAAUGAAGUCAUAGAAAAUAUUUUGAAGGAAAUGUGGAGGUACAACAAUUCAUAUAUUUUACAAAAUACUAAUCAAGCUGGAUUCUUUACUCGUUGCUGGUUUAUAAUGGAUGAAUUUGGUUCUCGUAUUCACCAUUCAGAAGAACCCACUUUCUCUAUGGUACCAUUUUUCUUUUGUGGUGAUAAAAUGAUGUAUUCACUCCUGUUCCCAGCAGUUAGUGUGACAGCAGGAGAGGAGGUCACCUGCAAUUAUCCUAGGUUAAAGAAUACUUUAUCUGAAGAGAUGAAAAUGGCUUUGAAAUAUCCUUGGGUACCAAGUGAUUUGUCAGAGAUUGAUUUUAGUCAGUCUGAGCCUGAUCUGGAUUACUUCAUGUCUGGCCGCCAUAUGGAAAUUUUACCUGAAGAUGAAUAUGAACUUCCAUCACUUGUUCAUGAACCAAAAAUUCGUCUUUAUACUGAUUACCCUGAAGUUUCAGAAUUUUUGACAGAUCCUCGUUUUUAUUCAACAACUGAGAAAACUAAAGCACAUAUUUUGUGGCUAUUUGAAAGGCUCUAUGAUUACAAAUCUCUUGCUGAAAGUCGAGGUGAAUUAUUUUAUGUCAGCCAAUUUCCUUCAGAACAAGUUCUCAUUAAUAAAGACUUGUUAGCUAUUGUCUGUCGACGAUCAUGUGAAGAGGAUGAAGCUAAUAUCAACACCUUUGAAAAUUGUCCGAAAUGGCUUCCAACCACAUACAGUUUAAUGAUAGAAUUGCCUCAAUUUGUUUCGUACUUUCAAAACAGAGAAAAAAGGAAUCUGGAUAAUGUUUGGAUUUGUAAACCUUUUAAUUUAGCAAGAGGUUUAGACAUAUAUGUUACUGAUAAUCUGACAAAAAUAAUUCGAUUAAGUGAGGCUAGACCAAUGGUUGCUUGCAAAUAUGUGACUGAUCCAGUUUUGUUUCCUAAAGAAAAUGUGGGUUUAGUGAAGAUGGAUUUGCGUUUCAUUGUCUUAUUGAGGAGUAUUCAGGAUUUUGAGCUUUUUGUUUAUGAACGAUUUUGGCUUAGAUUUGCAAACAAGCCAUUUUCUUUAGAAGAUUUUGAAGAUUAUGAAAAGCAUUUUACUGUGAUGAACUACAGUGACUUCCCUCUGCAGCAGAUGUUUUGUCAUGAUUUCAUUAAACAGUUUGAAAAAGUUCAUUCUCCUCAUAAAUGGAGUGACAUUGAAAAUAAAAUAUAUAAAAUGAUAAAGGAUAUUUUCAUUGCAUCAGCUUUGCGAGAACCUCCAGCUGGUAUUGGAAGUUUUCCAGGCUCAAGAGCUAUGUAUGGUUUAGAUAUCAUAUUGGAAUGGGACAGAAAUCAUAAUGAGCCACAAAUUAAUCCUGUAUUACUUGAAGUGAACUGGAUGCCUGAUUGUAAAAGAGCAUGUGAUUAUUAUCCAGAAUUUUAUGAUGAUAUUCUUAGUGUUUUGUUUCUUAAUGAGAUAGAAGGAAAACAUGUUGUGCAACUUUAAAUGUCUUCUCCUCAUGUUAAAUAUUAAUUUCAAAGAUUGAUAAAGUUACAAGAUUUGCUAUACAAGAGAUAUAUUUGUUAAAUUUUUUAACAUUUGCUUAUAACUCUGUUAUAAAAAAAUCAUUUUAUUUCUAAUUUCAAUUACUUUAUAUCACAGAAGUGUUAUUCUAAAUUUCUUUAAGUACGUUUUAUACUAAGAUCAGAAUUAUUUUAUUUAAAAAUUAUUGAAUUUUUACUAGAUCUCACAAGUUUUUGGUAUUUUGCUACCCUGGGUUAUAUGCAUGAAAUUUCUUAAAUCGACUAUUUAGAAAUAUUUAUUAUUAUUUUUUUUUAUUAAUCCAAUUUGUUCAAAUUUUUUUUAAUCAUAUUGUUGAAUUUGAACAAUAUUAAUCAUAGUGUUCAAAAUUUUUUUGCAAUUAUCAACAUGCAUUUGAUUGUCAAUAGUAAUCAGGUUAAUAAAAUUCGUUUUUGAGCAUGUAUAUUAUUAUUUUUAUUUAUGUUUUAAAAUAUGGGAAAUAGGGUGAGACUAUUUGAUUUAAACAAUUGAAAACCAUGGCUAAAAAUUUUACUCAAAGAUUUUAUCCAGAAUGUUUGCUGAUAUUUAUGAAAUUAUAUCAUUAAUAUUUGUGCCUUCUUUAUACUUUUAAAGUUUGCAAAGAGAGAGUGUUUUAUUGAUCUAUUAAAGAAAUUUUUAAACAAUGGGGAAGAAAAACUACAUGUAAACUUAAAUUUUUAUCUUUUCUUGAAUAUGUCAUUUGAAGAUAUUUUUAUUAUUAUGAUGUUAACAAAGACAGUUUGUUUGAUUUAAACACAAUUAUACUAAUUCAUUAUUUAUUAUCCUUGUUCCUUUGUGAGUGAUUUUAUUUUUUAACAUAGCUUUUGAUUCGAAAAUUAAUUGUUACUGAUGUAUUGUAAUGAGACUCCUACAAGUAUUGCAAACGGGAUAUGUGUGUACACAGAUUGAUGAACAAAGAUGUCUCAAAAGCAGAUUAGAAUUAUUUUUCCAUACCCGGCCAGAACGAUUAUCUUAAUGUAUUAGAUGGAAUUAUAUGAGCAUUGGAUUUUCUCUGCUUUUUUACAAAAAAUAUGGCUUAUAAACAUAUUACCUGAUUAAAAGUUUUAUUGAAAUAUAAGGCAUGUUUUUCAAAUUUCCAUUUUUUUGUUUUUAAUGUUACUUCCUUUGUGUACUUGCAAUGAUUAUAUUUCCAAAGUCAAUUAAUGUUUUUAAUUAAUUUAUUCAAAAAAAUGAUACUGGCAAUGGACAUAAUAAUAUUUUUCUUUUUAACUGGUUUAUUGUUUUAUAAAAUUUAUUCAUUUGUAAAUUUAUUAGUGGAAAAAAUGAAAUAUUUUGGUGUACUUUUUGACAGUUAUUAUUUAAGCACAAUAAUGUAAUGGAUCCAUCAUUUUACUAAUGUCAGAUUUUAUAUCACUCAUUGUUCCCAAAUGCAUUCAACCCUAAUCUUUCACACAAUUUUUUCCCUUUACUAUAAUUUGUGAAGAAAUUGAAUAUAUUUUAAAGUGAACUUUUGAAAAAUGGUUCCAUAAUUCACGCUGCAUUCAGCUGUAAGGAAAGAAGAAUUUGUAUAUACAAUAAGAAUGUAUUGAGAAGGAUAUCGCUUUGAAUUUGUUGAAAUAAACCUGGCUAAUUUUGAA